ACUUGAAUAUUGAGUUUUCAACUUAAGCUUAAUUAAAGCUCUCUACUUUUGGAGUUUUUGUAGUGAUGGGAAGGCAGCCUUGUUGUGAUAAACUUGGUGUCAAGAAAGGCCCAUGGACUGCUGAAGAAGACAAGAAGCUUGUCACUUUCAUCCUCACCUAUGGCCAUUGCUGUUGGAGGGCUGUCCCCAAGCUCGCCGGCCUCCGCCGUUGCGGCAAGAGCUGUCGUCUUCGAUGGACUAACUAUCUCCGUCCCGACUUGAAGCGUGGCCUCCUCGAUGAAGCUGAAGAACAACUUGUCAUUGACCUCCAUGCUCACCUCGGCAACAGGUGGUCAAAGAUUGCGUCGAGAUUACCAGGAAGAACGGACAAUGAAAUAAAGAAUCACUGGAACACCCACAUAAAAAAGAAGCUGAUAAAGAUGGGAAUAGAUCCAGUUACACACCAACCUUUACAGAAGCAACAAACAGAGAGCUGCAGCCAAGGAAGCUCUACAGAUUCCUCAGCAGCCAUAACUCCAUUAUCAGAAGCUAAUAGCACUGAGAAAGAACAGCCAUUAACAAGCCAAAUUUGGAUGGAAGCUCUUCAAGAUGAUUCAUGGUCGAAUUUCCCAACAUGGGGAAGUGAAAUCUACAGCGAUUUUGGAUUAUAUUCUUCAGAAGAUAGCUUGAAUCGGUUGCUGGAUUACUACAAGGAGCUUGGAGAUGAGGAUUUUGAGUUGGGGGAUUUUAACAAACAGUUGGUGGGCAUAGGAGAAACUGACUGAUAAAAUAUUCCAGCACUUCAGUUCAGACUCAUCUAAUUACUCUAAUUAAAUGAUACAGAAAGAUGGGAAAUUUAAUUAGAAGAUUAUUGUUGCUUGGAAAAUGUUUGAGAACUUAAUUUCUUCUUAUCUUUUUCUGAGAUUUGAUAGUGUUAACAUUAUGGUUGCACAUAUGUAAAUGUAAUUAGAAAAAUCCUUCAA